GGUCCUGACUCCUCACCCGAUGCCUUUCGGCGCAUCCAUGCCUCUGUGCCUGCCUUUGUGCGUUUCUUCCUUCCCGGUCUACGUGUUUCUUGCUUUUUCUUCAUUCUAGAUCUCGUUAUUACACAUACGACUCUUGAUUUAACCUGUGAUAGUUUCGAGUUUGCUCCCGAUAUCCAAUGGAGAGAGGAGGUGGGUACAGAGGACGAGGCCGAGGCAGAGACGGAGGGGGUGGAGGUGGGUACAGAGGCCGAGGCCGAGGCAGAGACGGAGGGGGUGGAGGUGGGGGUGGAAGAGGAGGAGGAGGAGGGAGAGGGAGGGGAGAAGGCGAUUAUUAUCAUCAGCAGCAGCCGCAGCAGCAAUGGAGGGAUUCGAGGCAAGGUGGUUUACAAGGAUGGGAGCAACAACGAUCAGGUGACAGUAGCUUCGAUGCGGGUCCUCGGAAGAGUCAGUGGGUGGGUGAUUCCGGUGAAGGGUCGAGCAGCACGAGUGGUGGUGGUGGUGGUGGUUAUGGUGGAGGGAGAGGAGGAGCGUGGAGCGAUGGGCGUCGUGGUGGUGGUGGAGGUGGAGGGAGAGGGAGAGGGGGAGCGUGGAGUGGUACCAGUCAGGUUCAGUGGGUGGAAUCUGCUCCCCCUAUUCAGCAUCAGCGGAUAUCUCCGCCUGAACGUGUGCUCGAUCCUGUUGUUCCAAAAUUGCAAUCAUUGACACUCUCAGAAGAGUUGGCUCCUCGUCCAUCUGGUCCCCCAGAAGAUUCAGACAGAAUUCUCCCUGUGAAACGACCUGAUAAAGGUGGCACAGUUGCUAUUAGAACUGUCAAGCUUCGUGUUAAUCAUUUUCCUGUCAAAUUCAACCCAGAGACUAUUAUAAUGCACUAUGAUGUUAAUGUCAAACCUGAGGGGGGUCGGACUGUGAAAAUAUCCAAACCAAGUCUGUCUAUUAUCAGAAAUAAAUUAUCUUCUGAUGAUCCUGCACGAUUUCCCUUGUCAAUGACCGCAUAUGAUGGUGAGAAGAAUAUUUUUAGUGCAGUAUCAUUGCCCACUGGAAAAUUUAAUGUGGAAGUCCCUGAAGGAGAAGACAUGAAGGCAGGUUCAUAUGUCGUUACCAUAAAUCGUGUGAAUGAGCUCAAGUUGUGCAAGUUGAAUGAUUACUUGAGCGGGCAUCUCUUGUCAAUCCCCCGCGAUAUAUUACAAGGAAUGGAUCUUGUCAUGAAGGAAAAUCCAGCUAGGCACAUGAUCUCUACUGGUCGGCAUUUUUUCCCCAGAGAAUCUGCAGAAGAAGAUUAUCUUGGAUAUGGCAUCACAGCAUCUAAAGGAUUUCAACAUAGCCUCAAACCCACCUCCCAGGGUCUAGCCAUGUGUCUGGACUACUCUGUUUUGGCAUUUCGAAAACGAAUGCCAGUUAUAGAUUUCCUCAAGGAGCAUAUUUAUGGUUUUGAUAUAAAUAAUUUCCGAAGGUUUAGGAGAGAAGUAGAUGACGCGCUGAAAGGGUUGAAAGUGAAUGUGACUCACCGUAGAACAAAACAAAAGUACACCAUUGUGGGGGUAACGAAGGAUAAUACACGACAGAUAUCAUUCACUGUAGAAGAUCCAGAGGGCCAAAAUCAACCAAGGCAAGUCAGGAUUGUAGAUCAUUUCAGGGAGAGAUAUGACAAGCAUAUUAUUUACCAGGAUAUUCCCUGCUUGGAUUUCAAAGGAAACAAGAAAAACUAUGUACCAAUGGAGUUUUGCAUCUUAGUUGAGGGGCAAGUGUAUCCGAAGGAGCAGUUGGAUAGAGAUGCAGGCCUGAUGUUAAAGAACAUUUCACUAUCAAAACCGAAGUUUAGGGAGAGUCAGAUAUGCAGCAUGGUACGCUCAGAAGAUGGACCUUGUGGUGGAGGCUUGGCUCAAAAUUUUGGAAUAGGAGUAAACACAAACAUGACAACAGUUACAGGACGUGUUAUUGGGCCACCUGAGUUGAAGGUAGGUGCUUCGAAUGGCAAAGUGAUUAAGAUAGUAGUUGACAAAGAGAAAUGCCAAUGGAACCUUGUUGGAAAAGCAGUGGUGCAAGGCAAAAGAAUUGACCGGUGGGGUGUUAUUGACUUCAGCUCCUCUGAUAGAAACCCUAGAAACAGACUAAAUCCUAAUGAUUUCAUUCCAAGGCUUAUUAAUCGGUGCAAAAAUUUGGGGAUCCACAUGGAAGAGCCUCUCAUAUAUAAGUGCACUACAAUGGAUAAAUUCUCUGGGGUCGAGAUUUUGCGUGAACUACUUGAAAGAACUAAUGAGGAGGCUUAUAAGUCAAGUAGAGGCCAUUUACAAAUUCUUCUUUGUGUGAUGUCUUAUAGAGAUAAUGGCUACAAAUAUCUCAAGUGGAUCUCUGAGACCCAAGUUGGCCUAGUGACACAGUGUUGUCUAUCCCCCUCUGCCAACAAAGGGAAUGACCAGUAUCUUGCAAAUCUUGCUAUCAAGAUAAAUGCCAAGCUUGGAGGCAGCAAUGUAGAGCUUAAUGACUCACUCCCCCUCUUUGAGGGCAAAGGUCAUGUUAUGUUCUUGGGGGCUGAUGUCAAUCAUCCUAGUCCUCGGAACAUUACAAGUCCAUCCAUAGCAGCUGUUGUUGCAACAAUGAACUGGCCUGCUGCAAAUCGCUAUGCAGCACGUGUCCGCCCACAAGCCCAUCGGAAGGAGACGAUUCUAAAUUUUGGGGACAUGUGUUUGGAACUUGUUGAAUCAUAUGCUCAAUUAAAUAAUGUCAGGCCGGAUAAGAUUGUUGUCUUUCGUGAUGGAGUAAGUGAGAGCCAAUUUGAUAUGGUUCUCAAUGAGGAGUUACUUGAUUUGAAGAGGGCACUCCAAACUAUGAAGCACUCUCCCACCAUCACAAUUAUCGUAGCCCAAAAGCGACACCAAACUCGUCUCUUUCCAGAAGCGAAGGAUGGAGGUCCUACGGGCAAUGUGUCUCCAGGCACAGUUGUGGACUCAAAAAUAGUUCAUCCAUUUGAGUUUGAUUUCUAUCUUUGUAGCCACUAUGGAAGCCUUGGGACGAGUAAGCCCACACAUUACCAUGUCUUGUGGGACGAGCAUGGGUUCACUUCUGACCAAUUGCAGAAGCUCAUAUACAACAUGUGCUUCACUUUUGCUCGAUGCACCAAACCCGUAUCGCUAGUUCCACCAGUGUACUAUGCUGACCUUGUUGCUUAUAGAGGGCGAUUCUACCACGACGCAUUGAUGGAGGGGCAAUUUGCAGGUUCAGCAGCAUCAUCCUCAUCAGCAUCGUCAUCUCGGAUGUCAGCUGAAUCACUUGAUCCUAAUUUCUUCAAGUUGCACACUGUCCUGAAAGACAACAUGUUUUUUGUCUGAAGGCCCCUCCUUGCCUACGGGAACUGUUAAGGGAGUUUGUGUGUGAAUCUAAUGGAUUGUUAGUCGCAGUAUGUCAUGUCUUGGGUUUCCUUUAAAGAACCAGGUUCUGUGUUUGUUACACAUUCAUUUCCUAUGUGAACUACAAAAGGAGUUCGUGUGUCAAUCUAUUUGGUUAUGAGUCUUGAGUCUGUAUUUCCUCUAAACAAUCAGGAUUUGUGCAGUCCAUGUGAUUUAGAGGAAUGAUUUGCUUAUGUUUGAGUCUUUAUCUGCCAUCUCUGUGUUCUCUCUUAGUGUCAUGGUUUAUUCUGGGAGCCUGUUGUUCUGGUUUGUAUGAGGCAGACUUUGAGUGAAUCUAUUUGAAUUUUAUUUGGUUUUUAAA